AGGAGGAGCCUCGCACCAUUUAUAUUACCGGUUUCCAUAUACAUUGCAUAAAGGAUCACCAGUGCAGUUUGAGUGCAAAUCGAUAUGAACUCAGAAUGCGACAGAGUGGCGAUUAGGCCAUGUCGCCUAAAAUAUAAUAAAUUACUGUAUCAAGGAAAGUGAUCGAAUAUCCGAGAGGAGAUAAGAGCGCCGCACGACUUGUUCAUUCUUCACAGGACACUAUCUCCCCACAGAUAGACUGAAACGUAAUGGGGGUCAUAGUAGUGGUGAGCUGUAUCUUGUUAUUUAUCCUGGUGGAUGUUAUUGUCACCACUGUCCUCUACUUACAUGGUUGCCAGACUGCAAUAUUCACAGAGGAUGUGCAGAACUUUGACAUUCUCCACUCCGUCCUGGACCUCUGGGGGAUUAUGCUGGUCAGAGUCUGCCUUCUGCUUGGGGCCUCCAUAGGGGUGUUAUGGAACAGAGUGGACGGCCCAUGCAGGGUCUCUGCCCUGGGGACUCUGACUCUCCUAAUCUGCCUGACCGUCAGCACCUAUGCCUUAGCUAAGCUCCUGAUGCUCUCAGAGCAGGGCGAUCUGGCUCACCAACCCUGGUUCCUCAGUCUGUUUUCCUGGACCUGUGUGUCAGUGCUGGGGACCGUGCUCCUCUGGAGGCUCCUGGGAAGGGCUCCUAACAUCGUGACUGACGGAGAAGGAGAUGGUGGAGGAAAUGUCUGUGAGGAGACUGAGAGGCUAGUGGAGGCAGCAGGAGAGAAUGGCACUGAGGAGGUGGAGGAGCAGCAGAAGCAUGGGGAGAAGAAGAGGAGUAGGGCGAGCAGGAAAGGAACAGAGGACCAGAAGAACUCAGGGGCCACAUUGGGGCGUCUGCUGUCCUACUGCAGUAAAUACGCUGGGCUGCUCUCUGUAGCCUUCCUCUUCCUCCUCAUCUCUGCUGUGUGUGAGGCCUUCAUCCCCUACUACACUGGGCAGGCUAUAGAUGGCAUUGUUAUUCACAAGAGUAUGGAGUACUUCACCAAGCCCCUGAUCACUCUCACUGUGUUGGCCUUAGUCAGCUCUAUAGCUAUUGGAGUACGAGGUGGCCUCUUUAAUCUAAUCUUUGCCAGACUGAAUCUUCGCCUGCGGAAUCUUCUCUUCAGAUCUCUGAUGCGUCAGGAGGUGGGCUUCUUUGACUCGAACCACACAGGUGACAUCACCUCUCGCCUGACCUCUGACACUACUCAAGUGAGUGACCUGAUCUCUCAAAAUGUCAACAUGUUCCUGAGGAGUAUGGUUAAGGGCAUAGGGUUCUUCAUCUUCAUGUUCGGGAUGUCCUGGAAGCUGACUCUGGUCACCAUCAUGGGAUUCCCCUUCAUCGCAGUCAUCUCCAAUGUGUAUGGGGAGUACUACAAGAGAUUGACCAAAGAGGUCCAGACUGCCCUGGCUCAGGCUAACCAGGUGGCCGAGGAAACUGUUUCAUCCAUGAAGACGGUGCGCAGCUUUGCCAAUGAGGAACAGGAGGCUGAUUCCUACUACAGCAGGCUGCAUGUCAUGUUUCAACUGAACAAGAAGCAAGCGUUGGCCUACGCCCUCUACAUGUGGUCCAGUUGUAUCUCAGAACUUGUUCUUCAAGUGGCAAUCCUCUUCUACGGCGGUCACCUGGUCAUUACUGAGCAGAUGAGUGGAGGCACCCUGAUAUCUUUCGUCAUAUAUGAGCUGGAGCUAGGAGAGUGCCUGGAGAGCAUAGCAUCGGUCUACACAGGUCUCAUGCAGGGAGUGGGAGCAGCUGAGAAGGUGUUUGAGUAUAUCGACAGGGAGCCCAAACACCAACAUGAUGGGAAAGAGGUCCCCGACACCUGCAAAGGACUGGUCGAGUUUAAAGAUGUCACGUUUUCCUACCCAACACGGCCCGAAACAGACAUUCUAAAGAGUGUAUCCUUCACGUUGCGGCCUGGAGAGGUGACAGCCUUGGUUGGACCAUCUGGCAGUGGAAAGAGCUCCUGUGUGGGUCUCUUAGAGAACUUCUACGCCCCACAACAAGGCCAGGUGCUGCUGGACGGCCGGCCGGUGCACACCUACCAGCAUGGCUUCCUCCACUCGCGGGUAGCACUAGUGGGCCAGGAGCCUGUCCUGUUCGCCCGUUCUGUAGAGCAGAACAUAACCUAUGGACUGACUGACAUCCCUAUGGAGGCUGUGGUGCAGGCUGCCACCGAGGCAAACGCACACGACUUCAUCACCGGUCUAACCAACGGCUAUAACACAGGAGUGGGUGAGAAGGGCACCCAGUUGUCAGGGGGGCAGAAGCAGCGGGUGGCCAUCGCACGGGCACUCAUCCGCAAUCCACAUGUUCUCAUCCUGGACGAGGCCACCAGUGCACUGGAUGCAGAGAGCGAACAUGUUGUCCAGCAGGCUCUGAACAACAUCAUGCGUCAGCACACAGUGCUGGUGAUCGCCCACCGCCUCAGCACAGUGGAGAGGGCAGACAACAUCAUAGUCAUCAACCGCGGCUGUGUGGUAGAGCAGGGACCACACAGCCAACUGAUGGCCAAGGGGGGGCUCUACUGCAAGCUGGUACAGAGGCAGGUCCUGGGCAUCGAGACGGAGGCCGUUCUUAACCCUCCAGAGGUGGACAUCUGAGGGUGGUAGUCAGUGGAGGCAGAGCGGACAUGAUAGCAGCAGUGCCAGCGAGUCAAAAUGUGAACACAACGCUACUGAGAGAGGUUCCUAGGGCUUUAUUGGUAGCUAACACUGACUGACUGGCACUGCUGGGCAGUGCCUCGAAACCAAGGCAUUACAUUACCCUUGAUGUUUUAUUUGCACAUUAGGUUGAAUAGAUUCAACUCAAGUCAUUUGACCAGUUCUUGUGGACAUGAAUGAGCAACACGCUAAUUAGUUAAUCCGAGUGGUGAUAUUACACUAAACAAAAAUAUAAACACAACAUAUAAAGUGUUGGCCCCAUGUUUCAUGAGCUGAAAAAAAUGAUCCAAGACAUUUUCCUAUACGUAUAGUAAGCUAAUUUAUUUAAAAAUGUGUUUACAUCCCUGUUAGGGAGCAUUUUUCCUUUGCUAAAAUAAUCCAUGCACCUGAUUAAACAGCAUGAUCAUUGCACAGGUGCACCUUGUGCUGGGGACAAUAAAAGGCCACAAAUGUGCAGUUUUGUCACACAACACAAUGCCACAGAUGUCUCAGGUUUUGAGGGAGUGUGCAGGAAUGUCCACCAGAGAAGUUGUCAGAGAAUUGAAUAUUAAUUUCUCAACGAUAAGCCGCCUCCAAUGUUGUUUUAGAGAAUUUGGCAGUACAGCCAACCGGCCUAAACCGCACACCACAUGUAACCACCCCAGCCCAGGACAUCCACAUCUGGCUUCUUCAUCGGCAGGAUCGUCUGAGACCAGCCAUCCGGACAGCUGAUGAAACUGUGGGUUUGCACAACCAAAGAAAUUCUGCACAAACUGUCUGUGUGCUUGCCCAAGUCUUCACCAGGGUCUCGACCUGAUAGUAGUUUGGCAUCGUAAUGGUCUUCAGUGGGCAAAUGCUCACCUUCGAUGGCCACUUGCACGCUGGAGAAGUGUACUCUUCACAGAUGAAUCCAGGUUUCAACUGUACCGGCCAGAUGGCAGACAGCGUGUAUGGUGUUGUGUUGGCGAGCGGUUUGCUGUUGUCAACAUUGUGGUGCCUCAUGGUGGUGGUGGGGUUAUGAUAUGGUCAAGCAUGAGCUAUGGAUAACGAACACAAUUGCAUCUUAUCGAUGGCAAUUUGGAUGCACAGAGAUACCGUGACGAGAUCCUGAGACCCAUUGUUGUGCUAUUCAUCCGCGUCAUCACCUCAUGUUUCAGCAUGAUAAUGCAU